UGUCCCACUGACGACUCCUCCCUCUUCCAAUUUGUUGUCGGGGCUCAUCUGCAACCGCCAUCUUUCUUCCACCGUGGAAACCUUCUCGCUGUACCAGCCAGUCCUCCUUUUUCCAUCUUAUUGCUCUUCCCAGCACGAGAGAGUGUAUCCAAGCGAGGAGUAGAGGGCGUUCCUUAUCUGACUCUCCCCAGUCCAUCGUCGAAUUCAUUGUCAAGUAGUUGUAGCACACGGUGGUUGGAAGGCGUACCACACCCAGCCGGAGAAUCACGACAACCGUUGCCCAGGCAGCCCCUAUCGUUCUGCCUCCACCGCCACGGGCAGGCCUCGGAACUCCGCUGGAGAUAUGGAAUUCGGGUUCCGCAUCGGGGGAAUCUUGAUUAGGUGGAGAGGAGAGUAUCGGUUAAAUAAUCUUCGAUGACAUGUAGAGGGUUAGGUUUCUUUUUCUCCCUUCUUGCUUCGAUAGUCAUGGCCAGUAACAACUACGACGACUGGAUAAGCUUCGAUGGAUACGAAGAGUACAGGUAAAAUUCAGCAGUUCUCUGUUUGCAAUCUCAUUUCCUUACUUGACUUGGGAAUUUUGGGUGGAUCAUCAGGUAUUUGGUGGGGAUAACCUUAAUGUCGACUCUGUUUAUCGGAGCUCAGGCGUUCCGAAAAUUCCAUGGGCUACACACCGGGAAAUACACGAUUAUGUUCUUCACAAACAUUUUACCCACCUUGAUACCCACAUGGAAGCUAUUAUGCACAAUACAUUUUCCUCUACUGGGCGACAUCAUCAGGAAACCUAACCACCUUACAGCCUCGCUCAUCUGCUCAUGAUGGGUACUCGGGUGCUGGUGGAGAGAGAAGAGAAGAAGAAGGGAAGCAGGAAGGGAAUGGGUAUUAUAGAGGAGGGAAGUGCAGAGGGGAACUUAGAGGCUAGAGCUGGUACCAUGAAGAUAUCUAUCUCAAUGGAUGCAACCUACAGUUCAAAAGGAGGCGGGACAUCAGGCUGAGGAAACCAAACUGAGGAUCAUAUAUGUAGCUCCACCUCAACUCCUUCUCUUGAUCACAGAUCGUCACACUGAGAAUGAAAGCAUCUGAAUUUCUAGGGGUGGCAAAGUAACUAGGGAGCAUAGUCCUAUUAAAGGUGGUUGUAUGGUUUCUGCAUUUACCUUGCUGGACCAUUCCUUGCUCUGUUGUCAGAAAUCUUAUCAUCACAGGCCUCAAAGAUUGGAGAAAGGGAUAACGAAGCAUCCGGGGAAGUGUUCUUUAGGCACGCGUGAUAGACUCUCCUUUCAGAAUUCACUAUCUUGGUCCCUGCUGCUUCAGUUUGCAAGAAGGGAGGAAAGAGGUUCGCCAGACAGGUUGCCAAUAACAAAUGUAACCCUUCAAACUGUUGGCACACAGAUCUAUCACUUUUGGUUGCUUAAUAUUUGAUAGGAAAAGGCUAGAAUUUAUUAUUUUUAAACAGAGUUGAGAUCAUAUUUGCAAUAUAUUCAAACUAACUCGGGAGGAAUCUGAGGAGAAGAUGAACAGAAAGACAACAGAUGGGUAUGAAAAGGGAAGUUUUAUGGAGUAAUUAUAUGAUAGGGUUUUGUUAUACACUUUCGUACGCUAUUUCUCCUGACCAAGUCCUGGGAUUAGUAGUGGUCAUAUGUUUCAAAUUCUACGGUUUGAGUAAGUGCUUCUUGCAUAUGGG